GAAGGAGAAAGAGCCCAAGGAGGGGACGGAGGGGCGGUGGGAGAAGAGAGGGUGAGGGAGGAAGGCGGAGAGGCGUCGCUAUUUCUUUCCUCCUUUUUUCGGAGGGGGGGGGGGCUUGUUUGCUUGGCCAUGCAUGCAUAAUGAGGCCCGAUCAGAGCACGCUGCUCCUGCAGCUCCUGCGAGGAGGACACUUUUGUAUUUAAAGCCGCCCCGAAGGAAGCAACUCCUCAGAAAGGCUUGAGGAGGAGAAAGAGAGAGAAAGAAAGGCAACUUCAGCCUCGGAGGAGAAAGAAAGAGAGAGAGAGAGAGAGAGAGAGAGAGAGAGAGAGAGGAAGGCAUCUUCCCCAUCUUUCGGAGGAGAGGAAGGGAGGUCCUGCGGGGCCCGUGCGGCUUCGGGAUGCGGCCCCGGCGGCCCCUGCAUCUCUUCUGGCUUCUGCUGCUUCGUGGGGAGUGAAGGCGGAGGAGAGCCGCCUCCCCUGAGUCCCUCCGGAGACCCGGCCAAGGCGAAGGCAAAGGAGGAGGGAUUGAUGAGGGGGCCCCGCAUGCGGCUCCUGGGCAGGACUCGAGCCCCGUCCUCCUCUUCCUUCGCGUCCCGGCCCCGGCCCCGACUCGCCCCCAGCCCGCCAUGGUGGAAGCCUGGCCCGGAGGAGGAGGAAGGCUGGUGCCGGCGUUGCUGCUGGUGCUGGUGCUGGGCUGCUGGACUCCGCUGUGCCAGGGCCGGCGCCUGAUCUGCUGGCAGGCCAUGCUCCAGUGCCAGGAGGAGCCGGACUGCAGCUACGCCUACAGCCAGUACGCAGAGGCGUGCGCCCCGGUCCUCUUGGCCGCCACUUCCCCCGGGGACGGGGCUGCGGGGGCCAUGGCUUCCUCCUCCUCCUCCUCCUCCUCGCCCCGCCGGCGGUGCCCCAGCCACUGCAUCUCUGCCCUGAUCCAGCUGAACCAGACUCGGCGGGGCCCGGCGCUGGAGGACUGCGACUGCGACCAGGACGAGAACUGCCGGGCCACCAAGCGCGCCAUUGAGCCCUGCUUGCCCCGGACUGGAGGCAAUGGCGGGGGAGGCCUGGGAGGCGGAGGGGGCCUGGGAGGCGGAGGGGUGAUGGGCUGCACGGAGGCCCGGCGCCGGUGCGACUGGGACAGCCGCUGCAGCCUGGCCCUGAGCCGCUACAUGGCCCACUGCGGGAAGCUCUUCAACGGGCUCCGGUGCACCGAGGAGUGCCGCGGCGUCAUCGAGGACAUGCUGGCCGUGCCCAAGGCCCUGCUGCUCAACGACUGCGUCUGCGACGGCCUGGAGCGGCCCAUCUGCGAGUCCAUCAAGGAGAACAUGGCCCGCCUUUGCUUCGGGGACGGCGCCCACCACGACCCCAGCCACGCCGCCUUCGGGCCCGGCAGCAGCGGGGCCGCCGCCUCCGACGGGGCCCUCGACGACUACUACGACGACGACGAGGACUACGAGGACGAGCCCGGGCCCCGCAGCAAGGACGAGGCGGACGACAACAACGCUGCCGCCGUGGCCGCGGAGGCCGCCUUCCCCGGGAGGCCCGCCGCCAGCGACGGAUGCCCAGCCCCCUGGACGCUGCUGUCCGCCGCCGUCUCCAUUUUGGGGCCGCCGCUCCUCCUCCUCUUUCUCUCGUAGCCAUUUCCCCCUUUCCCGCCUCCCUCCUGGCUCCGCUGAGGGACUGAGGGGCCGGGGGAAGGGAGGCCGGAGGCUGAGCUGGACACAGAGACCUGGGCCCGGUUGCCUCUGAGGGGACACUAGGGCACUGGGACGCCGAGAAGGAGAAAGAGAAGAGGAAGAAGGCGCCCUCCUGAAUGGGUCAGCCCUCUUGGGUCAGACAAGGGACUCCUUAUUCUGCUAGAGGCCUUUCAGAUAGGAAAGAGACUUCCCCUUCCCUUCCCUUUCUUCCCUCCCAAAUCUUCUUCUCCAGUGGUUCUCAGACUUUGGUCCUCGAGAUAUUUUUUUUUGAGACUUCAACUCCCAGAAUUCCUGAGCAAUGAACAUACUGACUGGGGCUUCUGGGAAUUGAAGUCCAAAACAUCUGGAAGCCCAAAGUUUGAGAACCACUGUGAUUUGAAGCAACGUGCCUUACUCUGGCAUGCAUUUGCCAUAGCCACCAGGACCACCCUAAAAGCCUUUCCUUUGGUUUUCCUUUCAUUUGGUUUUGGGCUCCCCUCAGGUUUGCCCCCUUGAGCUGCCCAUCUGGUUCAGGGCUACCUGUGGAGCCCCACUUGGGAGGUUUCCUCUGUGGAUAUGCCUCUUUUCUGUAUACAGUAUUUAUCUUGCCUCCACAAGAGCUCCCUGGGCAUUCCUGCUCCUCUUCCCCUCAACCCCCCUCCCCGACUCUAAAAACCAUAUUGGAAAGGGAGGAGGCUACCGUUGUCUUAAGUAGCCACAAUUCUUAAAGGAAACUUCCUGGGCUGUGGAGUUGGUUGCUGAGCAUUUCCGUUCUAAACAGGCAUAUUUGGAAAUAAGUCCCCUGGGUGUCCAAAUAAAUAAGUCCCCUGGGUUUAAGAUUUGCCCUGCCCUUAUUAUUGUUACUUGGCUGCAAGAAACCUGAAAAUGUUCACUUGUGUGGGAAGGUCAUGCAGCUUUUAUGUAGCUGUGUGUUUGUGAAACCAUUGAGUGACCUUGGGCAAGUCACACACUCUCAGCCUCAGGCAGUGGCAAACCUCCUCUAAACAAGCCGUGCUUAGAAAACCCCAAGAUAGGGUUGCCGUCAGUCAGAAAUGACCUGAAGGCAUGUCACAACAACAAACAUGCUCAACCAGUUGCAGGUACCUAAGGUGUACAGGGAGCAACCAAGUUGUGCAUGGUGAUACACAAGUGCCUGCAUAAAACCCCUGUAGAGAACCCAUGAAUGAAAACCCUCUCUCAGUGUGCACUAUGCAAAUUGUUGCCACUUGGCUCAUUAGCAGCAAGCAAAUGAGUUUAAAAGAAUGCAGUAGUGUUUUGUUUUGUUUUUUGCCACAUGGCCAAGCCAGCUUGAAAGAGUGAAUGUGGCAAGGGUGGUUCUGAUGUUUUUGUUUUUCCCAAGUUGUUGACCUGAAGGAAAACAAAGAUACAGCCUUCCUUAGAGUGCCUCAAAAACUAUGCCUUACAGAGCUGGUCAGCAACUAGGAAUAUAAAAGCCCUUCUGCUCAUCACUUGCCCAUGUUAAUGUUCACAGCUUUCAGGAAGAAAGAAGAUGGUCUCUUGCAUCUAAAUGGGGGAGGUGUAUGUGUAUGGAAGAGGCCCGAGUAUGUUUUGCCAACCUGUGUCAGGCAUGCUUUGAACGUUUCUGUGUGGUAGGGAGAUGUCUUGUAGAAUAAAGCAUGAAAACUGUGUGUAGUUUGUGACCAGUGAGAUCUGCACAUACCUCUGUUUUAAUGGCAUGGUGGAAAGAUGCAAGGAAGUGGUAGUCAACUUGUGGCUUCCCAGUUUGUCUAUAUAGGUAGCAAAAUACAUAUGACCUACACUUGCCAUCUGAGGCCUUCCAGAUGUUGAACUCCAGCUCCCAUCAGUCCCAGUCAGCAUGACCAGUGAUCAAGGGUGAUGGGAGUUGCAGUCAUCAAUAUGUGAGGGGUCUGUAGGAGCCACAGCCAGAACAACAGUUUUCAUGCUUUCCCCCUAGAAGUAUGUCUUUCCCCCUCUCCAUUUAAUGUUCAAAGUGGCCCUUGCAGCAGCCAGAAUUUGCAAUACAAAAGCUCACCAGCAUAUCUAUUUUUGCCUCAGCCUAGAAUAAGAAGAAAAAAAUGCUGAUCAGUGGCUGUUUUGAACAAUGCAACCUUUAUCUUAAAAGAGCUCUGCACUGCCAUCUUCAAAAGACACUUUUGAAACUCAGUAUGUAAAAGUACCCUGAAAAGCUGUAUUGCCUCUUACUCUAUCAGGGGGCUGACCUCUGGUACAUCUUAUAUAAAAUGUAUUUAAAACUGGGGUUUGUUACCAGUUGUUCUUCCUUGUAUAUAGAAUUUUAUAAAAUUGUAUACUUUGGGAAUAAUUUAUUUUUUAAGACAGUAAAGAUUUAAUUGCACCCAAACUGCAAGAUCAAUACACCUGCUAUUCUUCCGUUACAAAGGUACAGACCUCAUUUGAUACGUAAAGGGAUAAAAGCAACAGGAAUUCCCAUGGGAAAAAGAAAAGCCUAGAUCACGUGUACAGUGUAUUUUAUAGAUCUGAAGUUAAUUUCCACAUUGCUGAGAGACUUUAUGAACUUUGUAGAAUUGUAUGAAACGUCUCUCUGAGCGGCCUUAAACAUUGUAUUUUUAUAGAAUGCGUCAAAAGAUCCUAUGGUUUUAACUAUCUAUUGCUUGUGUAUUUUUAUGUGUAAAUUAGUAAAGAGAGAUUUUUAAAGAAUGGAA